AUUUGCCAGUUUCCUGGACCUUUUGUUACUGGUUGUAUGUAAAGCGGUUGUUCUUCCUGCUGCGUUUCUAUGCCUGUGGGUUGUAAGUGACCUUGUACCGGUCCGCGUUCGCCUCUGAUUGGUUGCUGUGUGCUGUUCUGGGUGCAGCCUGGAUCGCCUUUCACCUGCGCUACUGUUCCCACGCCCUGUUUGUGUACAUAAAAGCUGCUCUGUCUCUCUCUUUUAUCUCUGGCCUUUGCAAUGGCAGCAGCUGCCACCAUCUCGGUGGACGAGGAGCAUUUCUCCUGCCCUGUUUGUUUGGAGAUAUUAAGAGAUCCGGUGACUAUUCCUUGUGGGCACAGCUACUGCAUGGGCUGCAUUAAAGGCUACUGGAGAAAAACGGAGCACAAGUCCGGAUACUCCUGCCCUCAGUGCCGGAAAAUCUUCAACCCCAGACCGGUGCUGGCCAGGAACACUGUGCUGGCAGGGGUGGUGGAGAAGCUAAAGGAAGCCGCGGUUCAGGAGAUUUCUCUUGCCAGGGCGGGUGAAGUGGAAUGUGAUGUGUGCCAGGGCAGAAAGAGUCGAGCCGUCAAGUCAUGCGUGAAGUGCCAGGCCUCAUACUGCGAGGUUCACCUCAAACAGCAUAAUGAGCGAGACCGAAACAAGACCCACAAAGUAGCUGAAGUAACCAAGCAACUACACAAGAAAGUGUGUAAUCAACACAGCCGGCUGUUCGAGCUCUACUGUCGCACAGAUCAGCAGCUCAUUUGCCCACUGUGUGUGACCGAUGGGCACAGCGGGCAUCAGACAGUGGCAGCAGCUGAAGAGAGAAGUGAAAAACAGAGGCUGUUAGAAGAGGCGUUUAAAAGAUCCAAACAGAAAAUCAAGGAGAAGGAAAAAGAACUCAUGACAUUCAUAAAAUAUCUGAAGCGUUCGUCUCAGGCAGUGGAGUCGGACAGUGAGAAGAUCUGCUCUAAACUCCUGCGCUCUGUUGAGAGGAGACACAUCGAGGUGAAGGAGCUCCUCAGAGCCGAGGAGAGAGCGGCUAUAUCACAGGUUGAGGAAAUACUGGAGCUCCUGGAACAACAGACUGAAGAUCACAGGAGAAGAGAAGCCGAGCUGGAACAGCUCUCACAUACUGACGAUCACAUCCACUUUCUGCUGAAAUGCAAGACGUGUGUCCCAGCUGAUCCUGUAGAACUUGGUAUUGAUGUCCAUCCAUAUUUCUCCUUGAUGAUCCUGAGGCGAGCAAUCACAGAGCUUCGAGAGCGAGUCAAUGACGUCUGUGACAGAGAGUUAGCAAGAAUCGCCGUCCUAAUCAAAGACGAGUCGAGUCCGUCAGCUGAAACGAGUCCGUCGGUCCCCAUAUGUCCUGAAAUAGUUGCAGAUCCUGGACGAAUCAAACUGAAGAGCAGAGCAGAGUUCCUACACUACUGUUGCGACUUGGUGCUGGACCAGAACACCGCAAACUCUUACCUCUGUCUUUCUGAGGGGAACCGGAAGGUCAGCGCCUGCUACGAGUCUCAGCAUUACCCCGAGCACCCUGACCGAUUCAGCAGCUGGACUCAGGUUCUGGGCCGAGAGGGUCUUUCCUCGCGCUGUUACUGGGAGGUGGAGUGGAGCGGCUACGGUGGGAUCGCUGUCGGAGUGUCUUACAAAAACAUCAACAGGCAUGGUGGGAGCGCUGAUGGCAAACUGGGCUGUAAUCCCAAAUCCUGGUGUCUGGACAUCUCCGACGGUAACUGUACAUAUCAGCACAAUAAAACCAAGCUAGAGAUCCCGACUCCUCUCUCACCCAGAAUAGGGGUGUACCUGGACCACAAGGCUGGAAUUUUAGCUUUCUAUUGUAUUUCUCCAAGGAGGGACAACAUGACCUUGUUGCACAGGGUACAGACGACGUUCUCCCAGCCGCUGUACCCUGGAUUUUGGUUAGGACUCGAUUCCACGCUCAAAGUGUGCUCCAUAUUUAACUUACCUAAAAUGGGGAAUAAUAACAGCUUAUAACACAGUAGUAAGUCAAGGCUACUGCACCAUCAGUGUGGAUGUUUUGGCAUUCAGUAGAACUAUCAGAACCCCAAAUGAGAUGAGAUGACAAUGACUGGAUGACUGAAAACCUUCUCAAAUGGCUCAAUUUCAAUUGGUCAAUGCCAUUUGGUCAACAGUUAGACUGAGUUUACGUAUGGCAGGGUAUUUUGAUUUUUAUUGUUUAUGAAAAUACUCAUUUAAAACCCACAAAAACAAAAUAAAACCUC